GCGUUGAAAUUUUUUGACUAAAAACCAAAAGAAAUCAUUGAGGAACGUGUGUUGAGAACAAAAUCGGUCAAUGUUCAGGAAAAUGGUGACACGACCACAAUUAAUUUCGGCAAUGUUAUCAAUUGAUAACAUUGAUGAUAAUAUAUACAGAUCCGAGGGUCCGCAUAUUGGUGGCAUUUUUGGAGUCAAUCGGCUUUUUGGAGGGUAUAUUGCUGGUCAAGUGUAUGAAGCUGUUCGAAUAUACAAAAAUAAAAUUAAAGACGAAAAUGUGAUCUUUAGCAUGCACUAUAAUUUUGUUUCUGCAGGUGAUCCGAGAAAGUUAAUUGACAUUAAAAUCGAAAAAGUCGGAAAUGUGUACACUGCUGAUGUCUAUCAUGAAAACAAAAAAAUUGGAUUGGCUCACAUUAAAGUUAGAAAAAUUUAGGAUAGGAUUAAAUAUCAACCUUUUAGACUGACAGCAAGUUUCUCAGAAAAAUACCAUUUCCAUCGGAUGUGCCGGGACUUUUAUCUUUACCAAACAUGGAACGACAAAUUGAAAAUCAGCUAUCUACAAAACAAAGAAAAGAUUUUGAACUAUUUUUGAAGCACGUGGUUUUUGAUAUUCGUCCUUUAUAUAUGCUGUCUGGUCCGGCUUCUGGCGAACACAGAGUGGUUUACUAUGCACGGCUUACUCCAGAGUGCAUUGGUGUGUUUAAAAAAAACGUAACUUUUAAUUAAAAACAUAGCUGACUGAAAAAAAUUCAAAAAGGCAGAAAUUCUGAGAAAAGUAAUACCGCUUAUUUUGAUGGUUAUUGUUGACAAAUUUGUAUACCAUAAAGUUCAAAGGAAACGUUUUUCUGGAAAAGUUGUAAAUUUGUUACGUAUUUCUAACUUCAUUCACUUCUCCUACUGAUUCAUAGAGCUGAACCGAACGUCCAGUUUCCGAAUUCUGGGAAAUUUGGUGUCUAGCUUUGAGAUGUUACAGAAGGUUUUAAUACCUUUUUUUGACAGUGUCUAUGAUUUUUGUCUUGUCGCAAUACACUAUCUCUGUUUUCAAAAUUCCAAAAAUCUGGAACGUGAAAUGAAUACUCGAGAAAUGACACUGGGAAAAACGGUGCGUUCGAUUUGCCCGCCCAAUUGCAUUUACCUGUUGAAAAUGUGCAUUUACAACUUAAAUCAACAGUUUAGUAAUGUUAUAUGAGGCUGAAGUCCCAAAUCUAUAAAUAGGUAUUAAAGUAAUGCAAGAUUACAUUUUCCUGACCGUUACACCAAUUAUUUGACUACUUAUUCAAAUUUUUAAAUCAAAAAAAAUCAGAAAACUAUGCCCAUAAAAUUUUCAAUUCAGACAUUAUCCGAGAAGAUGGAGGAAUGGUAGCGGUUGUAGCUUUAUCUGAUUUUAUGGUUCUGCAGUCAGUGCAAAAUGCAAUCAACAAAGCUGGACUUAGAAUGAGCACUGGAGCAUCGUUACAUCACAAAAUCCACUUCCAUCAGGAGAGGGUUGAAGCUAUCCAAUGGUUUCUGGUGGAAACCAGAACUGAAAUUGCAACAGGAAACAAAGCAAAAAUAUUCGGGGAAGUAUUCGACAGCAACAAGGAAUGUGUCAUGUCAUUUAUUCAGGAAGCAUAUGUCGUUCCAAAAGAAGUCGAACCAGAAAACUCAAAACUGUAAUUUUUGUGAUUAACAUGAAUAUUAACUCUGAAUAAAUGAAAUGUGUGAUU